AUGGCAAAGAUUGUGCAAAACGACAUCCCACUGAGAACAAUGGUGGGUUCUGAUGAUGUCGGAGAGUGGCCUCACGGCCAUCACCCCCCAACCCCAAGUGGUAGAAGAGAUAACAGAAAAAGACAGGAUUGUAUUAUCCAAGAGGGACUCAGGCAGAAUGGUAUCAUCCACGUUCUCAACUGCGUUGGCUUUAUUUGCCCCGAAUACAUUAAGUCCGACCUCGAGUACAAGACGUUGUGGUUGCAGGAUAGCCCUUCGGAGGACAUCACCAGCAUACUCCAUGAUGUAUUCGAUUACUUUGAGGACGUGAGGGAGCAGAGAGGGAAGGUUUUAGUCCACUGUUGUCAAGGUGUUUCUCGCUCCACGUCUUUGGUGAUUGCAUAUCUCAUGUGGAGGGAAGGACAGAGCUUUGAUGAUGCCUUUCAGUAUGUCAAGGCAGCAAGGGGAAUUGCAAACCCCAAUAUGGGAUUCGCCUGCCAGUUAUUGCAGUGCCAAAAGAGGGUCCAUGCUAUUCCACUGAGCCCCAGUUCGGUACUGAGGAUGUAUAGGAUGGCACCGCAUUCUUCCUAUGAUGCUCUUCAUUCCAUUCCAAAAAUGUUGAAUGAUCCUUCUUUUGCCCUGGAUUCAAGAGGAACAUUUCUCAUACAUGUGCCUUCUGCUAUCUACAUCUGGAUUAGUAGAAGAUGUGAACCCAUUAUGGAAAGGGAUGCAAAGGGUGCGGCUUUUCAGGUUGUUCGCUAUGAGAAAGCGCAAGGCCCGAUAAUAACCGUCGAGGAAGGUGAAGAACCAUCAGACUUGUGGGAUGUCUUUUCCAAUCUCCCACCUUCAGUUGGCAAGUCCAGCCACAGUCUGGAAAUUGAAUCAGCUAAGAAUAUUGUCCCCAGUGAGAGAAAAGUGGACUCCUAUAAUGUGGAUUUUGAGCUUUUCUGUAAGGCAAUCACUGGGGGUGUUGUUCCUCCAUUUUCGUCUUCGGGGCCUGAACAAGAAACUCACCUUCCUGCAAGAGAAAGCAAUUGGAGUGGUUUAAGGCGUAAGUUUAUUUCGGACAGUGUGAAAGGGUUUGUCUCAACUCCUAAGGUGUCCAUGUGUAGUCGUGUAGAGUCUAUUCAGAUUCACUAUUGAUGGUAGAUCAGAUGGUUAUGUGAACAACAAAAUUCCAAAUUUGUUUGCCAAGUCAUUACCAUUAUCACCAUCACAAUGGCCGUCUUCAUCAUCAUCAUUGCCUCCUUAUCUUUCUCCAAGUUCCACCUCUUCUGAUUCUAGCACUGGUUCCAGUUCUAGUUCAGAGUCGCCUCCAGCGUCUCCUUUGACCUCUAACAUCUUCAUGUUCUCUUGCAGCAAUGACUGCUCCCUGUACAUUGUCUAACUUGUCACUCCUUUCAUCAAAGAAGUCUCCCAUACCUAAUGGCCCAGAAGGCCCUACGCUGAAUCAUACUUCAAAUUCUUGUUCUCAGUCAACUUUAUCAUCCAAAAAACUUAUUCUGCCCCUUGAUGGAGGGGUGGUUUGUCUCCAUCUCUGAAACUGCCAACUCUAUCUGAUGUUACCCCAUUUUCGCAUAGGGUGCAAAAUGCUUCCUCAACUUCUCUUGCAACUCAACAAGAUAGUAUUGAGGGGGAGAGUGGAGCUUGUUUUUUGGGGAAAUGCAAAGAGCAAGUUUUAAAGUCCAGUGAGGUGAGUAAAAUGGAAGUGGAAGACAAAACACAAGAACGCCAACUGUAAUCAUGUUUAAGGGAGCUUGGUGGUGAUCGCCCAAACAGUGUGGAAGGAGCAUUGGGGAAAAACUAUCCAUUUUAAGAAAAUUGGGAUUUGCCCAUCCUCUCCUGUGCAGCCUACUGUAUGGCGGUGCCUGAUUUAGAAAAAAAUUGCAACAUUUGGUGCUGGCAAUCUGGAUCCAGAAGCUGCUUUUCUUUUCUUAGUUGAAAGUAUAGGUAUAGGCAAGCAUGAUGUUAGGAUUCUAUAUUUGUGGAUAGGAAAAUCUUUUCAACAUGGUAGUAUGCAGCUUCAGCUAGAUGACCACAGAGACAUAGGUGAUAUAGAAACUGGAAUCAAGUUGGUUAUUGCAUUCUUACUAAAAUGUGACUGUCAAAGGAUAUCUCCAUUAAGGUAUGGAUAAUGAAUUAUCCUUUUGUCAAAUUAUAAGUUUUGGCUCCUUCUUCCCAAAUGUUUUAGUUUUAGAUGAA